AUGAGGACCGAACGACAACGACGACGGCUUUCCUGUUGGUCCCUUUCUGUUACGGCGCUACUCUUCAGCGGGACAUGGGCCAACCCAUCAAGUGGUGGCGGUGGUAAUAGCGCCGGCAGCCAAUGGGGAUCGCCACCACCUCAGCCCCCUGAUUAUGAUCAGCAGCAAUCACCCUACGAUAUGAAUAAUGAACCACAACCAACCACUGAGCAAGGCUAUCAAGAUCAGCAGGAACAAGAUCCUCCUUAUUACAUUGAUAAUCAUCCAGAAUGGGAACAAGCAGGCUCCUAUGAAGACAGUCAGCAAUAUGGAGCAACACAAGCAGAACAAGGCUAUUACUAUAAUGAAAAAGACGACUACCAGACAGGAAACAACGACAAUGCACCAGAUCAGUAUUAUGACAACAGCAACAACAAUUGGAAUUAUAAUAUUGAGAAUCAGCCUCCUCCUCCACCACCGUCACAACAGCAGCAGCCAGACAGCAACAACAAACCACCAACAAAAUAUGAGCCCAUUCACUACAAUUUUCCCAAGGAAAAGACAAAAGAAAAGAGGGGUUGGUUUGGACGUAAAAAACCACAAAGCGAUGAUGUUAGAAACGACGUUGGCAGCAAAGAUGCUGCAACAUCCAGAUUAGAUGACGAUGUUCCGGACACUCUCUCAGCUUCCCCUGUUGAUGGUGCCGAAGACCAAUCUCCAGGCAGAGGACGCGGUGAUCGUCGAGAGGAUGACUUGCCAGAAUUUGCUUCUGCCAGGCGGGAUGUUAUCACGCGUUAUCAAUCAACAUUUCGAGGCAAAAUGGCCUUGGCAGCUAGCUCUGGUGUGGCAGGAUCAAUAGCAGGGGGUUUUGCCGGAAAGUCUCUUCUGAAUAGUCCAAUCACGUUUGCCGGUGUGGGUGGUACGUUUUUCCUCCUUUGCACACUCCUCCGUAAUCCAUAUGGUGAAUUGGUCCGUGCCAUGGGGAUGGCAUUGAUCUUGGCACUGCAAAGAUUCACAUCCAUUCGAGGACGAUAUCCAACCUGGAGGCAUGUCAAAUCCAGUCUGGGAGCCGCACAACGACGGCCGUUUCCUCCUGCAGCCAAUCCAUGGACAUAUCAACCACGCAGCAACCGAGAUGUACCCUUCAAAAUGCUCUACACUCUCAUUACCAUGGCCUUUGUGGGAUCCACAGUAGGAGGGUCCAUGCCCUUGAUACCCACCUGGAUGGGGUCUCUGGCUGGGGCUGGCCUCUUUGGGCUUGCAACAACUCUGCAGAGUUCCAGAGGCGACUUGAUUAGAUCCAUGGGAAUGCGUGUUGUGGCCUUGUGUGAAGAGUUUUUGGGCAUCAACGCGGAACUGGAAAUCCUGCGAAAGGGUGGAGUUGUAACUGGGAAGGUUCUAGACAAACUAUUGAUUCUGGACCGACAACAUCGCAUCAAGGACCGCUUGAUUUCAGGCGCAACCUUUCUGUUUGGUCAAAUAUCCAACCAAGUUAAUCGAGUGCAAUCUGAUAUGCAGCAACCUCCUCGCGAUGAUCGCCGCCGAGAUGACAGGAGCGAUGACAGAGGACGUCCAAACAACAAUAAUAUGGAUAGGGAUCGCAGACGAGACGAUAGGCCGUUUGACAAUGAUCCAAGAAGACGUGAUGACAGAGAUAGAGAUGAUCCUCGUAGAAGGGAUGGUGAAAGAGGACGAGACCGUCCAUAUGACAAUAGACGCGAUGACAGAGGCAGAGAUGAUCCACGCAGAAGGGAUGAUGAAAGAGGACGAGAUCGUCCAUACGACAAUAUACGCGAUGGCAGAGAUAGAGAUGAUGCUCGUAGAAGGGAUGAUGAAAGAGGAAGAGAUCGUCCAUACGACAAUACACCAAGACGAGACCCCUAG